AUGUUCUUAACAACAAUGAGGAUGAAUGAAUUCAAAUUUUCUAGGCGCAAAACUAGAUUUUCUUUCAAAUAAAUGUUGAUAUUGGUUUUAUUUUGUGAAUAAAUGAAAUUCCUUAGACAAAAAUGCCAUUCGAAUCCAAAGUAUCAAGGGAGAAAGGAAUGUCCAGUAUUGUUACAAGUACUCAGAAGGGAAACUCAAGUAAGGAUAUACAGAAACUUUGUAACACGGUUACAGAUGAAUUAGGAGAUACCUUAGAUGAUAUCACCACUCAAUCAUUGUUUUUGGGGGUAAAGAAAGAAUCUUCAGUUUCAAAUAAGGUAAUUCUAAGAAAUGUUGGGGAUCAUUAUAUUGAUAACUCAGAACUAGUUGAUGUUAAAGAGGGCCCUAUACCUUCUCAAUUUUUCGAUGACUCUCAAGUUAUGGGUCAAAUAGAAUAUGCUCUAGAUUCUAUUAAUCAAGGUUCAUCAAGUGAAAAUGAAGAAAGGAAUUCUUAUGGAAAACGUAAAAAAGAAGAUGAUCAUGACUCUAAUGAGGAAUUAUUCAAAAUUCCCAAGCUAGUUGAAGCCUCAACUUCCAAUAAAGAAUCAGUAUUGAAGAAAUAUAAUAGAACCCUAUCUGAGUUAUUGAAUCAAAGUGAUAUGGAUGUAAUUUUUGAUGAAAUAGAAAAUUCAAUAUACCAAAUGGGAACAUCGCAAGAAAUAUUGAGCUCAACACAUGAUAAUGUCUUAGAGAUGCUAUGUGAAAGUGAAAAAGAGCUUCAAGAAGGAGAUAAGUCUCUUCUCAAUAUUUCCAGUUCUAACUUGAGUUUCAGCAGUAUUUUCAAAUCUAAAUUAUUGGCAAAUGCUUCUAAAAGUGUAACAGUGGGGAAGGCUGAAACAUCAAAUCUUUCUUUCUCUGAGGAAGCUGUAGAAUUUCAAGAAUUAGGACCGUUUUAUGGAUUGCCAACAAAAGUGAAAGAUCUUAUCAAACUUUAUAAGGGAAUCGAUGAACUUUACGAUUGGCAGGAUGAGUGUUUGAAUCUCCCAGCCAUUCAUCAGAAAAAAAAUCUUAUUUAUGCACUUCCUACAAGUGGAGGCAAAACUUUAGUUGCUGAGAUUCUCAUCUUGAGAGAAUUGCUUUGUUUCAAGAAGAAUGCCAUCUUUAUUCUGCCCUUUGUUGCCAUUGUGCAGGAAAAGGUUUGGACAUUAUCCCCUUUUGCAGUAGCUUUAGACUUCUUGGUUGAAGAAUACGCAGGUAGUAAAGGGGUUUACCCUCCCAGGAAAAGAAGAAGAAAAAAUUCAAUAUUCAUAGCAACAAUAGAAAAAGCUCUCGGAUUAAUCAACAGCCUAAUAGAGACAGGGCGUUUGAAUGAAAUUGGCCUUAUAGUUGUCGAUGAGUUGCAUUUAUUAGGUGAACCUGGAAGAGGGCCAACUUUGGAAGCCCUUUUAACAAAAUUAGCUGUUAUAAAUGCUAAAGUACAGAUAAUUGGGAUGAGUGCUACCAUUGGUAAUUUAGAAGAUAUUUGCACAUUUUUGAAUGCAGAAGCGUAUACGAAAAAUUUCAGGCCCGUUGAACUAACAGAAUAUGUGAAGUGUGAUGCUGAGAUCGCUAAAAUUGAUCUUGCAGCUGACGAAGACGAAUUGCUAAAAGUUGAGAGAACUGUCGAUUUCAAGUACGCUCCAGCAAUAAAAGCCCUUGAUCCUGACCAAUUAGGUGGAUUGGUUAUGGAGGUCAUACCGAAGGGUUCCUGUUUAAUUUUUUGUGCUUCCAAAAAGAAUUGCGAAAAUGUCGCCAAACUUUUAUCUAGAAUUUUAUUCAAAUCUCUGAAAACACACAAAACGGAGGAAAAAGAGGUUUUAUUAGAGGCUCUCAAAGCUGAAACAGGAAGUUUAUGUGAAACUUUGAAAUUCUCAAUACCUUACGGCAUUGCAUAUCACCAUUCAGGGUUAACGACUGAAGAAAGGCGGCUUAUCGAAGAUGGUUUCAGGGCGGGGGCUAUAUCAGUGAUAUGUUGCACUUCAACACUAGCGGCCGGUGUGAACUUACCAGCGAAAAGGGUUAUCCUACGAUCACCUUACAUUGGGAGAGAUUUCAUGAAUCUCUCUCGUUAUAAACAAAUGAUUGGAAGGGCAGGCAGAGCAGGAUUAGGCGAGAAGGGAGAUAGCAUAUUGAUAUGUACUCAAAGAGAUCUUCCCAAAGUCAUUGCUUUAUUGAAAUCUCCCAUGGAUAAAUCUAUGUCUUCCAUACAUGAGAACGAGGGUAAAGGUUUAAGACAUUUACUCCUCAGCUGUAUAGCUCUAGGAAUAGCAAAUACGAGAUCUGAACUUCAGGCUGUAACUAAUAAAACUCUUUGGGCAGUGCAGAACAAAAACCAAGCUGAACAUAAAAAAUUGACAGAUAAAAUAAUUAAGAAUCUUUUCACCUUGGGCGCCUUACAAACAAACAAUCCUAGUCUCAAUAUUGAGAGAGUAGCAUCGAAUGUAUCUCUAAAAUUGGAAACUACUAUUAAUAGUGAAGAGAACAUUGAGAGCCAAGAUACAAACAAGAGCAAAAAGAAACAUUUGCUCAUACAGAAAAAUACAAAAUUGGUUAUAAGCAAAUUGGGAAUAGCAGCAAUAAAAGGUGGACUCGAAUUGUCCAAAGCACAUAUAUUGUAUGAAGAUUUGGUUCAAGCUCAAUACAGUCUGGUUCUACUGGAUGUUCUCCACUUGUUGUACUUGGUAACCCCAUAUGAUCUGAGUGAACAUAUAAAACCAGAUAUGAACUCUUAUUUCACAAUGUUUCAACAGUUACCCCCAAAGGAGCUGCACACAGCUAAGGUUCUUGGAAUUACAGAGUCAGUAGCUGUUAAAAUGAUGUCUAACCAACCAAUAAAGACUGUUUCAGAACGUGUCCUGAAUAGAUUCUACUUAACAUUGAUGUUAUACGAUCUUUGGAACGAAAUGCCUGUCUUCGAAGCUGCAGAAAAAUAUGGGGUUGAUAGGGGAUUGGUUCAGAAUUUAAUGCAGUCUUCUGCUUCGUUUUCUAGCAAUGUGAUGAGUUUUUGUCAAGAAUUGGAAGAGUUCUGGCCUUUCGCUCAUCUUUUGAAAGGAAUGAGUAUGAGGCUAUCUCAUUGUUGUACUAGGGAAUUGAUGCCUCUGAUGGAAUUGCCAGCUGUGAAACAAAGCCGGGCUAAACAACUGUUCAACGCUGGCUACAAGACGUUGCAUUCGAUUGCUAAGGCAAAUGUUGAAGAUCUAAUAAGGGACAUCGAGUAUUUGAAUCGGAGGGUUGCUGUACAGUUAAUUUCUGCAGCAAAGAUGUUGCUCUUGGAAAAAGUAGAGAAUCUGAGGGAAGAAGCAGAAGAUGUUCUGAAUGGGGUAAGCGAAGGUUAUCAGCACAAUCAGUUCAAUAUGAGUCUUCCGCGUUGAAAUGAUCAUUAUUCAGUUUGAAAAUAUGUUGUUGUUUCAUGAAUUUAUACACACGUUGUGAUAGAUACUAUUUAUACAUUUUUUAGAUGACUCCUCCCACUUGUUAUCAUUCAUCAAUAUUAAGACGAAAUAUUUUGGAAAUUCAAAUUAUUUAGGAUUUUUGAUAGGUGUUUUUGUAUUUUCUGAAAUAAAAAAUGAAGUCUUUG